CUGUCGGACGUAUGGUUUUUUUACUGUGUUUUGUAGCCGCUAUCGUGAAACAUUUUUUGGUUUUUGUUUUUAUCUGUGUUCUUUUUAUUUCAUAAAAGUUACGUAGUUAUAAUUGUAUUUAUAUUUAUUUGUGAGUUGAACAUAAAAUGGCAACCAUUAUUCGAUAUGAUCGUUGUUUUAAUCCUUAUCAAAAAAAAAAUCAUAAAAUAAGUAUUGGUCUCCGUCACAUUCCUGAGGAUAUCCGAAGCAAAUGAAAUCUCAAAGGCAAAUUGCUCGUCUGUUCGUCAUGUCGAAAAACCAUGACUACGACUGAACCUGUAUUAAAAAUUCCACCAGGCGACGAAAAAAAUGACAGUAAUUCUAGUGAAAGUGAUACCACGAGCAAUUUUGACAUAAUUGAAGAAACAAAUGAAGGAACUGGAACGUCAGAUACUUUAGACUGUAGUAGUGAGUCGAGCUCUCAAACAGUUCGUGAUAUUCCAAUGGACACUACCGACUAUAAUAAAGUAGACUCCGUUAUAGAUGUUGGUCAAAGUUCAAGUCAGACAAAAUCAGUUUCAUUUGUUUCUACCAAAACAAGUGGAUUAUCUGAGCUUACAUCGACCCAAUCCAGCGACUCAUCUAGUCUUAGCUUGAAUACAAAGCUACCAGUCAUAAAUCAGGCUCUGGAAAUGUUAGAUUGCUCACCAGUUGCUAAAAAAAGAACCAGGUAUGAUAGUUAUCUAAUAGAAAAAGCUGAUAAUCUAUCCGCAAAUUUUCUCAAGUCACUUGGAGCAUGUCAUCUUGAGACUGAUUAUAAUGCUUCGGAAAGGACUAAUGCUCGUCAUUUCCAAGAUUUAGUGACUCGUUUGAAAGAAAAAUUUCAUUCUGCUGAAACAGACCGAGCACACAAACUACAAAUUUUAACACUAUUUCCAUAUGAAUGGAGUGUUGAUAAAAUUGCCAAUAUUAUGGAAACUACAAAACAUAUGGCUACAGUUUUAAAACAACUUGUUGAAAAAAAAGGUCUCCUUUCACUUCCAGAGCCCAAAAAAGGAAAAAAAAUAAGUGAAAGUACAAAACGACUUGUACUUGAUUUUUAUAAUGAUGAAAGAAACAGUUCAAUGAUGCCUGGAAAGAAAGAUUUUUUAUCAAUUCGAGAUGAAAGUGGAAAACGAACUCAUGUCCAGAAAAAGUUAGUGCUAUCAAAUUUGAACGAAUUAUUCAGGAGUUUCCAAGCUGAGUAUCCCACUAUUAAGAUUGAAUUCUCAACUUUUGCAGCAAUGAGACCAAGAUAUUGUAUUUUGGCAGGAGCCUCCGGUACUCACACUGUGUGCGUUUGUUCAAUACACCAGAAUAUCAAGCUCAUGAUUUUAGGUUGUAAUCUUAAAGAGCUGACGAAAGACAGCACUUUGCAAAUUGAAUCUUAUGAAGAUUGCAUUAAUGCAGUUAUUUGUUCUGAAUCAACGGACGCUUGUCACCUCGGAAAUUGCUUAAACUGCCCUAAAAUGGAUGUACUGAAUGAUUACUUAGAUAAGUUGCUUGAAGAUAAUGAAAUUUUUCAGAUAUCAUAUAAACAAUGGGUAGCAAAGCCACGAACUACUCUUGAAACUGUUAUGCAAGAUUCUUUUGAUUUUAUUCGUGACUUUUGUGAAAAAACUGAAAACCUUCUAAGACAUGCAUUUAUUGCCAGAUGUCAAGGAAACUUCUUGAAAACAUUGAAGGAAUCAAUCAAUGACGAUGAAGCAAUUGUUAUUUGUGAUUUCGCAGAAAAUUACGCUUUUAUUAUUCAAGAUGCUGCACCUGGAUUCCAUUGGAACAAUAACCAAGCUACUGUUUAUACGGUAGUUAUAUACUUUAAGGAUUAUCACAAAAGUUUAGCAAUUGUGUCAGAUAACAGUCAUCACGAUGCAAUUGCGGUUCACAUAUACACAAGAAUAACGAUCGAUUAUAUCAAAUCACUUAAUAGUAGAAUAAAAAAAAUACAUUAUUUUUCCGAUGGAGCACCACAACAAUUCAAGAAUUAUAAAAAUGUAGUUACUUUAUGUCAUCAUAAAAAAAACUACGGAAUCGAAGCAGAGUGGCAUUUUUUUGCAACGGCACAUGGUAAAGGGCCUUGUGAUGGAGUUGGCGGUACUCUCAAAAGAGAAGCUGCAAGAGCAAGCCUACAACGACCAACUGAUAAGCAGAUAACUACACCAAAAGAUCUCUACGACUGGGCAAAUGAAGCUAACAGACUACCGAACAUCGCUGUAAAGUAUUCGUCAGCAGAAACUUAUGAACUCGAAAAAAUUGCCAUCGAAUAAUCUUUUACAAAGGUUCAAAAAAUAAAAAAUUUGCAAAAAGUUCACUGCUUGAUUCCUUGUAAAAAUGGUGAGAUGAUUACAAAAGACUAUUCUUCUGCAACAUCUUUUAAAAAAUUC